AUUUUUCAUGAUGUUGCCUACAAAGCUAAAGACAGGACCGAUCUGCUGUCAGGGAUCGACGAGUUCCUGGAUCAGGUCACCGUGCUUCCUCCAGGCGAGUGGGACCCCAGCAUCCGCAUCGAACCCCCAAAGAGCGUCCCGUCUCAGGAGAAGAGGAAGAUGCCGCCAGCCCCUAAUGGCUCCGCCCAUGGCUAUGACAUCAUCAAGGAGUCAGAGCAUGACGCAGGGCCGGAGCUGCAGAGGACGGGGAGGUCAGUGUGUUUCACCGUACGACUGUCAGAAGAUCACAU